CAGAACGCGGCGCGCCGCCGCGCGGGAAGCGCGCCGCCGCUGUCUUGCAGUUUGCAGGCCCCGCUUGCAAAGCAGCGACAUGGCGCUCGUGCCCUGCCAGGUGCUGAGAGUCGCCAUCCUCCUCUCCUACUUCUCCAUCCUGUGCGCUUACAACUCUAUUGACAUACCGGCGCAUCAGACCUAUGGAGGGAGCUGGAAAUUUCUGACAUUCAUAGACCUGGUUAUCCAGGCUGUCUUUUUUGGGAUCUGCGUAUUGACUGAUCUCUCCAGUCUUCUCACCAAAGGAAGUGACAGCCAAGAACAAGAAAGACAGUUAAAAAAGCUCAUUUCCCUCCGCGACUGGAUGAUGGCUGUUUUAGCCUUUCCCGUUGGAGUUUUUGUUGUGACAAUGUUUUGGAGCCUCUAUAUUUAUGACAGAGAAGUGGUUUACCCAAAGCUUCUUGAUAAUUUUAUACCAUCUUGGCUGAAUCAUGGAAUGCAUCAGCCAACUCUGAGGACAUUCCUCCCAGGUGAUGUUCUCCAUAUUGGAAAUGCCUCACUUGCGACAUUUUUUCAUGGACCUCCAUUGUGAAGCAGAUGAUAACAUAUGGUCUUGUGUAUUCAGGAAGUCUUAUGAGAAACAACCACAAACCUGAAGGGCAAUUCAAGCCCAUGUUGUUCUGAAGAAAUGUAGAUUUGCUGAAACAUGUGAAGAGGGGUUUUGUUUAAAAUCUUUGCACAUUGUAGCAUUUGCUGAAAUGAACUGCAUGCAAACAUCUGGGACAUUUUUAAUUUUCAACUUUAAGUAUCGUAGAAGGCACUUCUGAACGUCUUUUGUGAAGGAAUUGUUUGCCUUGUUAGUCUCUAUUUAUCCAAGUGUUACUUUGGCUGGGUCACAAGGGAGACUUCUUGCUGUUGGGCUUUUCACCAUCUUUUAAUCUAAUUUUAUCUGAUGUUUUACCCAUCAGAUUAUCUUCACCAGCUUUAAUUCUAAUUCAUUCUGAUGAGGUGCCUAUCAGAAUAUGAGGUUUGGGGGAUUUUCCUCUGGAGAGAAAUAUCUUCUGCUCUUAAAGUACCCCCAGUAUAUUAGCACUUUAUUUAUGGGUCUAUGAGCAGGCCUAUUGUUUUGACAUGGGAGGUUUUAGGAAGUGUCAUGGAGGUGUUUUUGGUGAAAAGGGCAGAAGUCAUGGCAAUAUAGUUUAGAAAAGUCAAAAGUUAGAGGCAUUAUUUUGUACUCAAAGUUUAUUCUCCCAAUUUUUAGUACAUUUUUAUAACUUUUGAAGAUAAGAGUUGCUUUAUUGGAACCGUGCUUUAUAAACCAAAGCCUGUAGAGAAGACUUUCAACCCUAAAGGAAUUAAAUCUGUCAGUGAAAGUCCAACAGAGAGCAGUUGAUGAGUUCCUGCUCUCUAUUGGCCUCCAAUUAAGUCCAGUGGCACAGCAUUCAAUGCUCAACAGCUGCCUCAAGCGUUAACAACUAUAGCUGGUUGGGAAAUGCUAUGAAACUGAACCAUUUGCAGUUUGGGGGUAGGGGUUUGUCUUAAGAUGAGAGAGAUUCAAUCAAAAUGAAAAUUUCCCACAUAUACGAAAAAUUGUUUUGGUCGAAAAGCCAUUUUUGUUGUUGUUUUUGACAAUAUUCUGACAACUCUAAUUAACUCCCAGUUAACAUCCUAUCAACCCACCCUUCAACUUGCAAAAAUUCUUUAGUGGGAAAAUUUAUGGAUAUGUUGUUGUUUUUUAAACAGGAGCAAUCAUGAAAUCUGUGGUUACCAAGGUAACCACAUAGGGACUCAACCCUGAUUAAUUAUGGUCAGUAGUAGUAUGGGCAUAUAUCCAAAUAUUUGAGGAUAUUCUUAUUUUAGAUCCUAAUUAGAGGAAGCUGGGGGUUCUUCCUUGGUGCAGCCCUAGAGAGGGAACAUCUUAUGCUAGUCCUACCUGGGGUUUUCAGGCCAGACAGAAAUAACUGCAUGUAACUCAAGGAGGGUCUGUUAAUGCCUCUGACAACAAUAAAAUGCAUCUAUAAUUUAUUAUGGAGCGGUGGUAGCAGAGCCUAAGAUGACGUUGGAGCUUUCAUCUUCUUAUAAGUCUAAUUUUUCAUUCUCUUUGUAUCUUCCCCCAAAAUAAAUUGAUUCCCCCUG